AUGGUUACCAUUUCACGUCUCGGUCUCGAUACCAAGCUCAAGGAGACGACUAGCGCCAGUGGCAGCCUCGGUAUUUUUGGUCUCCCUAUUAGCUUGGGCGGUAGCGGCAGCCACAAGAGCGAAAAGAUCAACCAUACUGCCCACCGGGAUGCUGCAGCCAAGACUCUCAAGGUCGUUCCCAGCGAAGACGUUGGUACCGCCCCUCUCAUCGGCCUCCUUGGCGAGAAAGUCAAAUUCGCGUAA